AGCUUACGACGACGCACAUGCGUCAAGAGCAUCAGCUAGCAGUUUUGGCAAUAAUUUCGUCAACGACACAAUCUUAACUAGCCGUGCAAUCCCCAUUACCGCAGUACAAAAUCUCACAAACAAGAUCUCCGUCUCCAAUGAAACGAAUAAGGUCACAAAAACAAUAAAAAAUACUUUGGCUGGUGAAAAUAAUUCUAGGUUGAAGCUUGGUAACGGAGACGCAUUAUUUUCUGAAAUAGUUGCUGGUCACUUUGGUAAACCUAGUAGGAAAACUACCAUAACCAUGUUUACUGAUGCGUUUGCUCGCACUAAUGAGUCGAUUUCAUCUUCGGAAGAUAGACGUCAAAGUGGUGAACCCAUAAAGAUGGCCACGCAGACCAUAAUUCCGACCUUGCUGACUAAAAGCAUUGCCAGCGUUGAAAAAGACAUAGAAGUUCGCACAGAGCCUUCUCGAUUUGCCUCGGAAAGCAAGACAGAAAGAAAUCAGGACCCAACUAAUUUCAGGAAACGAAUUCACUCUGUCAGUGAUUUUUCGUCUUCUCCAUCCACUGUUGAUUUUUCUUUAGAACGAUUUCCACCCAGUAACAGCCAGUCAUCAUUUUCAAGAUUACAAAAUCUGCUUAACCAAUUCGACUCAGGCUUGAGGCCGGAGCUUGCUUUGAACCAGUAUUUCGGUUCCGAUCCAGACGAUGGAACGCUGUUAACAUCUAAUUCUCGUAUCAACAAUCGACCAAAUCAUGAUAAUACGAACACUAGAAUUUGGUCUCGUCCUAAUAAUGGAAUGAAGAGUAGUUUUGUCGACUGGAAAAAUCUUCGUGGUGGAAGGAGCCCAUUGGAAUACAACUCUUUUGGCUCAAUUCAGCAGGCUCUGACCAAUAGCGUUAGAAACUCUCUGUUAUCUUCCAAUUUAGAUGAUCUUUCAUCGGCUGCUUCAGAGGGAAAUGUUGUGAAUUCAGAAAGUCCAACAGAAGUGAGCAUCACCUCUGAAGCCACACAAGCUCCAAUUUCGUCAACGUCUUCUGAUGCUGCUGGUCUAGGGACAGAAGAAACUUCAACACCGACAUCGAUUUCAAUUAUCACCUCGAUUGUUGAUGAGCUCUUUUCAGCCAAUGCUACUCCGCCAGAACAUACCACCAUCGCCACAACUGAGGAAUCUCAAGUCACUACUGAACUUCCUAUGAAAACUACGACCCAAUUGAACACCGAAAACCUGACUAAUGAAGAUUUGCUCCUGUUGGAGAAAAGCAACAUAACCUCAAGUGUCGUUGACGAAUUAUUAAAUGGGACUUUAUGUUCUGAUGAUGUUUCAGAUGAAUUUCUCGAGGAGAUUAUCGAGAUGACGAAAGGCAGAUUGACUUCGGAGGUAAAUAACACUGAUGAAGCAUCGAAUGUAACUCUCCAACUGAAACAAUUUUUACUUCAACAAAGAGAAAAAAAUUCAACUGCAAUAUCAGAAGAAGACGAAAAAUCACUGAAGGAGAGGAGAAAUGAAUUUUUGUCCAGCGAUGCUGUGAGGGAAAGGCUCAUGCUUCUUAGAAUUUUCAAGGCGAAGAAGGAACGAGAAUCUGGAGGUCGAGCGAUUCAAAAGCAUCUCAGAAAAGUUAAGGGAGCAACUAAAGUCUAUCAAAGAACUGACGAUGUUGAUUUAGAAGGUAUUGGAGUCAGGGUCAGCACUGCCGUCAAGUUAAGAGACAUUCUUAGCAGGAGACACCGCGAAAAAAAGAUUGAAGUGACGACCGAAGUGGUACCGACCACGAUUACCCCUCCUCCCUCACUCAGGAGCCAAAUAGAAAAAUUCAUGAAUCGCAAGAAUCAGAAAAAGGCUGAAAAUAGCCGUCCUAGAUACGAAAAUGUUGUUAAAGUUAAUGGUUUCAGAGUUAUAAAAGAAAAUAAUGUUAAGGAAGAUGAAGAACCCGAAUCAACAACACAACUCGAUGAAGAGAUGAUAUUCUCCCAAGGAACUCAGGCUUCGUUUUCACAAGAUUUUAUUCCUGAUGAAGUAUCAAUAGCAUCAUUUCUUCCCACAGUACCACCAGGAGACCGAAAAAAUUUCCAAUUGCAACCUACAAUAUCUGCACCUUUCAGUCAGGAAACUUCUAGAACUCUAAGGCAAGAGAGUACCAGAAACCCUCCAUCAGGACACGUAGCGAUCAGGAAAAAAGUUGAUCAUCAAAUUUCAAACAAAAAAGCGAAUGAGGCUCUAGGAUUUCUAGAAGACUUACUGGUACGACAAAGUCCUAGAGACGAAUCGUCUUCCUUGGCUUCUAAACUGAAAGGUAAAAUGAACGAAAAGUUCCUACCGACCAUCGCCCCAGCAGCUGUUACUCAAAAUUUCGCCAUAAACAGCAUUACCAAGGCUAGAGAAAAUGAGGAACGAACCUUCACAUUUAUUCCUACGGCUGCUCCCGAAGAUGUAACGAUGGCGGCUGCAAGUCAAGAAUUUACUACGGCACGUGAUCCACUAGAACGACCUUCCUACGAUUACUAUGACGAGAGCACUGAACCAACAAUUGAAUACUUUUAUGAAAAUGAGAAUGGAAGACCUACCACCGUCAAUCCAGAACCAAACCAGCUGAACUCAUUAUAUAUUGCAAGCAGAAACCUUCCUCAUCAAAAUACCGAUGACCUCCAAAGUUCCCUUGACAUUACUAAAUCAGGAGGUAGCGAGAUAGUAUCAGUUGGAGAUUCUGUCGAGGCAGAAAUCGAAGCUUUCCUUGCAUUACAAAAUGAAAAUAUUGACUACUCCGAGGACGACGAUAUUAAUCAUUCUCAUUUUGGUCACCAAAUGACAACCCCUGAACCAGAUCUCUUCGUUGGAGGUAUUUUCAAUCCGAUCAACACUCUACCGUCGCAGGCGCAUGUUAUACAAAAUAUGCACAAUCAGCCCUCUCCAACCCAAGUUGAAACCGCUCAUCACGAUGUUCAGCACAAGCGUCAUGAGCCAAUAAGUGAUCGCGGUAGAAGGAACCAUCAUCAUGUGCCGCAACCGAUCGCCAUUAGUACCAACACAAAUGACCCUCACGAUGAGGGACAGAUCCCUCACGAAGAGGGACAGAUCCCUCCCAGUAGAGCACCUCUCUCUCAGAGUGCUCCUAUAUCCUUUAGACCCCCAGGAGUCCGACAUAUCGUCAAGCCGCCUGUCAACGGAGCUGACCUCCGAAGGGCUGCACCACCCAGUGCCGUUCUCAGAGGUACCUUUCUUCCGCCCUCUACUCAACCGACACCCUUGCAGGUGACGAGGCACGAACACAGUCAAACUCCGAUGCGCCAAAUGGCGGGCGGUUCUGAGGACCGAGAUCUUCAAUCAGAACCGAGGCAUAUAAGCGACACAAAUCGUUUUCAACAAGAUUUUAAUCACCAUCGGGCUAUUCAAUUAGAGGGAAAUUUUCAUUCCCAAUCUCAAAUUCAUCCCCAGAUUAAUUCGAAUAGAAAUAAUCUUCCAUCACAGCAACCAACCCUGUUUCAGCGUUCCAACAUCUUUCCACUGGUUCCUGCUCAAAAUCAAAAGCUCAAUUCAGUAAAUCAACUUUCCCCUGAAACUGCACAUAGACAUCGCGUAGCACACACAAAUAACGAAUUCCAGAGAUUCAAACCAAGGUUCAGCACCCACGAUCCUGGACAACAUGAUAGUGGGGUUGAAAUAUUUGAUGGUUCACAUUCACAAAGAUUCGUCUCCAGUGUAAAUGAUCAAACUUCUUUGGAUUUUACCGAUCAUUUUCCUAUCGUGAAUGGAAAACCAUCGCCGCGCGAUGAGCCCUUGGCAUCAAUCAGCAUGAACGAACACUUGCUUAGACAGAACUUCGAAACCAGAAGCGAACAAGCCCUCACUAAAUUGCCACACAAUGGGGUUUCUAGUGAACAGAGACAAAAUUCAAGAAAUUCACUUGCUACAACGUUUAGACCAACAAUCAACUUUGGACUCAUGAAAGAUCCGCAACCAGAAACAGUCCUAAGGCCAAGUACAAUGCUCCAAAUCACUCCAUUACCACAGUCAUCUUUUGAUACAAACACUUUUGGUGAUCGAACUCGAGAGUCGUUCACAGGUCCCGACAUGAGAACAAACUUUGCGUUGUUUCAAGCCCCAACACCCGGGACGCCUCACGCAACUUUGCGAAGUGCAGGAAAUAUUCACGUCAGGCAACACGGUAAUGUCUUAAAUCCUCUCUUAACGACGGCUUUGCCUCUUGCAAAACUGGCCAAAGACGCGUCGCGUCAUCAUCAAGACGACGAAACAAAUUCCUUAAUUGACGAUGUUACACAUUCUAUUAUACGGAAUCAUGAUCCAGAAAAUAUUUUUAAUACUUUGAAGGAUAAAACUAAAGCCAAAGAAGUAAUUAAUUCUGAAUUGUCUUUCAAUUCAAAACAGCAAAAUCAAGACGCAAUUAAAUCAAUCAAUGACGCAUGGCACCUCCAAAACACGCCUCAAAACAUCGUUUUCUCUAAUCACAAAUUAAAUACACCGAGGCCUCCUGAGCAAACAGUUGACCAUCAUACUCUAAUUAAUACUUUUCAUAAAAAUCCAUCUCGCCCCCCACUAAGCAAUCACACCAGCAUCCAGACUCUAGGGCGCAGUUCACUGCAUGAUAAAGGCGUUAGACUGGACCAACACAAACUUAUCCAAGUUCACGCGGAUGCUCCACGUUUGGAAAGUCACCAACCGUCUUCUCGCCACUCAGCCACACCGCUCACCCCCGUCGCACUGCCUGAAGUCCUUCAAACGCCUGCUCAGUUCCAGGAAUCUAUUACUCAUCACGAUUCCAGUCUUCUUUUAGCCACUCCAAAACCUGGCUUCCUGCUACCACUUUCCAAUACUGGAAACCAGCAAGUAACUGAAGUGAGUCAGCUCAUGGACCAAGGCGAAGUCCCAGGCACCAUAUGGCUGGACUAUCCUGCCUUCACGCAACUGCCGAGCUUCUUGAACUUCAACUGCACGCAACAUGUCCGCCUAGAUCAAGAUAAAGCACAUCUCUUUCCUGAUAUCGACACGCGGUGUCAGGCGUACCAUCUAUGCCAAGGUGGCACCAGAACCAGCUUCAUGUGUCCAAUAGGAACGAUCUUCAACCAAGUGACGCAGGUGUGCCAAUGGUGGUUCCAAGUGCAGUGCCGACAACCCUUCAGCGCCGGAUAAACUGGGCGAUUCCGUUUUUCGUGAUAUGCUUGUUCAUUAUUGCUUCUUGUUGUCGAGGCCUAGAUGGUUUAAAAGACUUUCUAGCAUAAGAAACUAAUUUAGGAGAGGGCUUAUGUCAUGGAGAAAAUAUCCGAGGAGGGUUAAGUAGCUGCGGUAAUUUGCUUCUACUGUGGCACAUAUUUAUUAAGAGGAAUAAUUAAUGCGAAUUUAGUGUUCAGAAAACAUGUUACACUUAACCCCGUGAGAAUUACAUACAAAGCUGUCACCUGUCAACGCCAUCACUGCCUACGAUGUCAUCAAGUCUUGCGUACAUAUGACGCAAUUAAGGCGGUAAUUAUUAAAAUAUGACGCAAUUAAUUAUGACGCAAUUUUAUAUAUAUA